AUGACAAUCAACAACAACGACAACACUAGUGCUGAUUUUUCUGGAGAUGGAAAUCGAGCAAACGAUAACAAUUAUAGAAACAGUAAUUAUGAUGCUGUUACAGCAAAUGAAGAUGAGCAUACGUCAUUGUUAAAUAAUUUAUCUAGACACAGCAAUAAUUGUGGCAAGAACACAGAUGUUUUAAUAACAAUAAAAGACUGUUGUUGGUCUCCAAGAUCGAGAAUAAAUCCAUCAUCGUUUCGUGAUUGGAAUGUGUUAUCAUUAAGGAUAACGUUAUUUCCUCAUACGCACCAUCACCUUAAUAGUAAAGUGGAUGAAUUUGGAAGAUAUAAAUAUAUUGGAAUGGUAAUGUUUUUUAUCAGCGGGGAAAAAAUUAAAAACCAUAUUGAUUUGGAAUUGGAUUCGAAACCAGAACCGGAAGAAUUUAAAAUAGCGUUUUAUACAACAAUAUCUGCUUACGCGCUAAGUACCGUAAUAACCGUGGUACAUUUUUUGAACACUUCUCAGAAGUCCUUGAUUAAGGAUGGUUGGAUAUUCGAGCUUCAAAAAAAUCAAACCACAAUACCCGAAUUCUACUCUGAUUUCAAGUUUAAAUUUAUUGAUUGGGAAGCAAUAGGAGAAACUAUUCCAACAAUGCUUAUGCUUGGAUACUUUACAAUACUAAAUGUUAAUAUAAACAUUAGUAAAUUGGAAACUUCACUUGAUAACCAUAAUCAAUUAAAUAGAGAUCGUGAACUGAUUGUUCAAGGAGUUUCCAAUUUAAUUUCUGGAACUUUUCAAGUUUCCUUGGGACAUGAAGAGUCAAUUAUAUUGAUUAAAUCAGGAGUAAAUAAUCAUGUUAUGGGAAUGAUACUUGCAUUUUGUAUUGGUAUAACAGUAUAUUUCGGAGAAAUAUUACUUUUGAUUGAACACAUUCCUACAAUAGCUGUAGGCACAAUAAUCUUCUACUUGGGACUGGAGAUGAUCCGAGAGGCAUUGUUAGAUUCAUGGAAAAUUUUCAAUAUGGUAGAAUAUUUGAAUGUCAUAGCCACAAUGGGUGCAAUGGUGAUUACUGGGUUUGUUGAAGGAAUAUAUAUUGGGAUUACUAUCUCAUAUAUAUCCUUCAUGUUGUCAAAUUAUCAAAAGGGAGUAAUUAAGACAACAUUUUUAGGUAAUUCAGAUAGAUCUUUUGUCAGAAGACAUUACCGAGACCAAAGAUUUCUUGAAGAAGUUGGUAGUCAAAUCUAUGGAAUGACAUUACAAGGUUAUAUGUUUUAUGGAGCAAUUAAAAGAGUUGAAAAUACUAUAAAGAAAGCUUUGGUUGAUGGUGAACAGGAUGGAAAACCUAUUAAAUUCUUGAUUUUGAAUAUGCUUUGUGUCACUGGGUUUGAUAUUAAUUCUGUCCAUGUGCUUGAAAGCAUACAAAAGCAUCUUCAACAUCAAAGAGUAUAUCUUGUAAUCUGUGGAUAUAAAUCUCAGGAAGCUUGUGUACCAUUGAAGAAUUUAUCAUUUUGGAAUGAUGUUACAAAUGAUUAUGUAAAGUUUUGUGAUGAAGUUAAUGAGGCACUGGAAUGGUUUGGAGUACAACAUCAGACCACAUCAUCUUUACUUAAUGAUGAAUCUUUUUGCAGUCCUCAAAUUGAAGAUGCUGGAAGAAGCAUAUUUGAAAAUAAAAUUGGUCUUGAAAGUAAAAACAAACUUGUAAAUAUUUUGAUGAAAGCAUUUAAGGAAAUUACCAAUGAAAGAGAAGAAUUUUUUAAUUUGCUAGUUCCAUAUUUUACAAAAGAAGAAAUACAAAAGGACUCACAAUUGUGGUCAAAAGGUGAUAAUCCAAAUUGUAUAUAUGUAGUGGAGCAAGGACAAUUGAGCACAUGGAUUUCAGCAGAAAACAACAUAAAAAAAGUAACUGAGAGAAUCUUACCACUUACCAUGGUAGGUGAAUUAGGAUUUUUCACUGAUAAUCAGCGACAAACAAAUUUGGUGACAGAUACUCUAUGUGUUCUAUGGAAAAUGGAUCAAGCUUCUUAUUUAAGUAUGAUGAAAUGUAAUCCCGUUUUAGGAGCGAUUUUUAUGAAAUUGGCAAUGAAAUUCUCUGUAGAAAGGUUACGAAAGUUGGAUCGUUAUGUUUUUGAUUAA